CAACACUUAGGCUCAUCAUGGCUGCAUUUAUUUGUAAUAUAGCAAUAUUGUUUAAAAAACUGUUUUCUGUUUCUGUGUGCUUUUAAAAAUAAUGUAUUUCUGUGAUGACAAAGCUGAAUUUUCAUGUCUGAAAUGAAUUUGAGUACUUUAUGAUAAAUCAUAUAUUCAUUUUAUUUAGAUCAGCAUAGGGUUUUGAUUAUUGCACAGGAACACAUUAAAAUAAUGAAACUUAUUUAGUACUUUUUUUUACAUUGGUGUUGAUCACAGCAGUGCAGAGGGUUAAACUAUCCCUGACCGCCGGCCAUCAGAGCAGGUGCAUGAUCUGAAGCUCUCGCACAGCUCUUUAGCCAUUUUUGGAAGUCAUUACCUAAAAAAAGUGAAUUGCCUUUUUGAAAUUUUAGAAAUAGCUUUACGUCUCCUCUUUUCCAGUCUUUUUUUUUGCCUCCACCUCUCUCUCUCUCACUUCAUCACCCCUUUUCCUGGCAUUAAGUCCAGACCUGACACUGACACUGACUCUGUGUGUCAUCCCUCUCUCUCUCUUUCCCUCUCUCCCUCAUUGCUUCAAGGACCAGAGUGCCUGCAGAUGCAUUUCUCUGUAGCCCACUACCCCUCCCUCGCCUCCUCUUUUUCGCCCUGUCUAACUCUCUCCAUCUUUCUCUCCCUUUCCUCUCCUCCCAUGCACCCUCUCUCUCUCUCUCUCUCUCUCUCUCUUUCUCUCAAACACAGUCUAACAUUAACAAAGCAAGAGAGAACAGAGAGAAGGAAAGAGGGAUGAACAGAAAGUGAUAGAGACACUGAGCAAGUGUGGACCACUUUUACAGUUCAUUCAUCUACCAGGCUUGGAGUGGUCUGGAUGAUAGAAGGAGAGGGCCGGUGUUUUCUCACAGGUGACAUUUGAUGUAUGACAACCUAACCAUGCUGAACUUACAAAACGGCUCCAACUGGACCGGCCCAAACAACUGGUACCACCCGCCCGACAGCAUCACUCCCCAACACAGAACAGAUGGUUGUGUGGAAGAUCUGAAUGUGCAGAUGGCCGGAGCAAGGGAAGGAGUGGUGCAGGGAGAGAGGGAUGAGGUGGACGAGUCGCAGCUACACCUGCAGCUAAAGAGGAAGCUGCAGAGGAACCGCACCAGCUUCACCCAGGAGCAGAUCGAUGCCCUGGAGAAAGAGUUUGAAAGGACUCAUUACCCAGAUGUCUUUGCUAGAGAGAGACUGGCUGCAAAGAUUGAUCUUCCAGAGGCCAGAAUUCAGGUAUGGUUCUCUAAUCGGAGAGCUAAGUGGAGAAGGGAGGAAAAGCUGAGAAACCAGAGGAGAUCAGGGGGCACCAGUACCUGUCCUCAGACACAUACUCCCCUGAGCACGUCCUUCGCCUCCCCAGUAUAUCAUUCCCAUCAUAUAAACAGCUCAGGCUCAAUGCACAGUCGGAGUGAUUCGUCUCUUUCAGGCUAUAGCUCUCUGUCUGUCUUUUCCAGUAUGCAGUCGUUGCCCUCCCAGUCCACUCCAACUUACUCCUGCAUGUUGCCUCCUUCUCCUUCAGCCCUCCCCCCUAUUUCCCGUAAAUUUGACUCCUCAUCUUACACCUCUCCCCACCUCCCUCCCCCACCCACGGCCAGUGCGAACACAGGAUUCUUUCCUGGCGUUUCUGCAGCAGGGCAGACUGCAGUUCAAGGCGGCGAUCAGGAGCUGGGACAAGGUCUGAGUCAGUACUGGACGAGACUGCAGUGAAAACAGACCUUAUCAUUAUCAGACAUAACCAGCAGAGCUUCAAUCAGCAACUUUGAGCAAAUUAUUUAACAAAAAAAAAGUGUCAGGAAGCCCUAAUUAUUUAGAUUAUGUACACAUCAGGGAAGCAGUCUAUGUAAGCCAUAAUAAUAAUAAUAAUAAUUAUAUAUAUAUAACUCACAAAUCUCCAGCAUUUUUGAUCUUCACAGUUAUAGGCCUAGUCAGUACCAGGCCAGACAAUAACACAAACUAGUCCAGCUAACGUUUUCAGCUGUUGGAGAACAGUAAAAAAAAAAUAGCUGAGGCCAAAACCUUGCCUCAUUUUUAUGCAAAAACAAUUGUUGUUUAAUUGAUGUGCCACUUACAAUCAAUGUGAUAAACUGCAUGUGACCAAAAAUGAGGAUGGUUAAUGCUGCUGCAGCUGUGGUUCAAAAGUUUGGGUUUGGUAAGAUUGUUAGAAAGUUUUAAUGUUUCUUAUGCUAAGGCCGCAUUUAUUUGAUUAAAAAUACAGCUAAAACUGACUUUAAUUAAACUGAAAUCUGACAAUUUAAAAUAACUAUUAUUUUAUUAUAUAUAUAUAUAUAUAUAUAAAAUUAUAUUAAUAUAAUUUAUUCCUGUGACUGUAUUUCCUGUGAUUUUUUGGUCUGAUUUGCAAUAUUUAAAAAAAAAUAUGUG